AUGCCAACACCAAAAUCGCAUGAGGCUAGAGAUGAGAUUCAAUUAACACCAGUUUGUCACAUAGAUAUCAGGCCGGUAGAAUGUGAUAUAGAAAAUGAUUGUAAGGACGUAAUUUUUAGCCUUGAAUCUGUUAAAGUGGAGGAAGAGAAUUUCGAAUAUGAGAAUUCUAAAUUUGAAGGAAAUGGGAAUUACAAAACAGAAGUAGAGAGUGAUCGGGAACUAACCAGCACUGUAGAUAAUUCAGCACCAAUGGUAUGGAAUGGUUAUAUUAACAUGGUUGACGUUGCCAGGCUUUAUGCUGCGGCCUAUGAGGUUUCAGGAAACGCUGUAGACUUAGAAGAGGUGCUUGCUGCAGAAUUAGAUAUAGUUGGCAGAAUAAACCCGGAUACAGUUUGGGAUUAUAUAGGAAAAAUGAAAAAGACGGGCAAUAAAGACAUUAUCAUUUUACGGUUACAAGCUGCCAAUGAUGAAGAAGAAAUGCAAUACAUUGCAAUAUACAGUUAUCUGAGUGGUCACCAUAGACUGGGUGUCGUGAAAGUAUCUAACACUGCAACUGUAAAAGUUUUCUACAUAAUGCCCCUGUCAGCUACUACUUCUUUGCCUCAUGUCCUUCUCCCUCUUGAAGGUCCGGGUUUAGAAGUGAAAACGCAGCUACUUAUAGCAAUCAUUAUUCGACAAAGAAGAAAAGGAUUGACUGCCAAUAUUCCGAAAGAAAUUAUUCCUGAAAAG